CAAAAACGAAGGGAAAGUAAACCAGUAACUGGACGAUAAUAUUUGGAGUGAUAUGUGGUCAACAAAGGAAUAGUUGCAUAUGAAAAUAAAUUUAUAAUUAUGUAAUGCAUCUAAAUCAGGUGCCUUACACAAAGAGGGGCAUGCUUCAGCUGUUGUUGAUUCAUCUUGUCUGACCUGUUAAAGAUGGAUGAAACGAUGGAUUCUCAAAGAAGUGUGCCUGCUGAAGUCAAGCCAGACGGUGUAAAGAAUGAUGUUCCACAAACAAACUUAACAGAUGGAAAAGAUGAACUUUUUUGUGGACCGCAAAAGUCUGACAUCACAAAAGACUCUGUACCAACAGAGAACUCACAAGAUGACACAGCAUCUCAGAAUUCAAUGGACUGUGGGUCUGCAGGUGGACUGGAGGAAUCUAGCCUUGCCAGCAGCAGAAGUAACACAGCACAGACACACUACUCUAAUGGACAGAAAUCUAAGAGGCCCAUUUCACCUGGCCCCCACCCUGUCAAAACAACCUGUGUUGAUACACAUUCUCCAAAUCCCAAACUCACCCUCUGUCUUAGUAAUAGUCCCAGGAAGGGUGUAAGUACACCCAGUGAUGUGGAGAUGCUGAGUCCUGACAGUCCGAUCUGUAAAAUGCUCAUCAACAACUCUGCAGACAAAGAUCAUGAAGGCAGUUCCUGUGCCGUGGAUUCUGGCUUUGCAAAAGCUCAGGUAGUGGAACCUCAGCAGUUUGUCAACGAUUCAGACUCUGGAAGUUCUGCCAAAGAAAGAGCCCAUCUGGUUACUAUGGGGGCUGAGGAUACUGAGGUAGCAGAGUGCAGUGGCUCAUCUAAUAUGAGUCAGGAUUUAAUUAGAAGCCAGUCGGGUGCAAUUUUCGAAAGUAUUUCAUUUGCACUGCAUAGCACGGACAGAAGAUGGAUGGGAACUCCCAUAGAUGAGCUGAACAGAAUGCCCCAGUGUGCCCCCCCUUUGUCUCACCUGAAAGUAGUGCCUAACCACACUAUCACAGUCAGGACAGACCUCCUCAGAGAGGGAGAGGUCCCUGUCCCGUACCCAUCCAAGUUCAAAGAUGCGUGGGAUGAUGUGUCAGUGAAGAUGCCCUGCUCUGAGAAGAACCUGUUUCCUAUGGAGCCUGAGGAUGGAGUUGGUGUUCAAAGUCGGUGGGACCUGAUCCACACUGCCUUGCAGGGAGGGUUCAAAAGUUCUCUGGAUGUGAGGGAUGCAAUACUGAGAUAUAACACAACCCAUGCAAAGAAAUGGGACUUCACUGCUCUGAACCUUCUCUGCACAGAGUGUCUUGAGCAUUGUGAGGCACAGCAGCUGUUUGAGGUCAUUUUACCUGCCAUGGUCAACCUGGCACUUAGUGCUCCUCGUCUCUGCACGUUGCCAAUUCCCUUGCUGAAGUCAAGGAUGAACCAUUCCCUGACUCUGUCUCAGGAGCAAAUAGCCUGUCUUCUGGCCAACUCCUUCUUCUGCACAUUUCCCCGACGCAACUCCCGCAAGUCAGAGUACUGCAAUUAUCCUGAGAUCAACUUCUACAGGUUAUUUGAAGGUCCUUCACCAAGAAAAAUUGAGAAAUUGAAAACUCUGCUGUGCUACUUCAGGAGAGUUACACAGAUCAAGCCCAAGGGUCUUGUUACAUUCACAAGACAAACACUGAACAGUCCUCCAAACUGGGAGAGCUCUCAGACUCUGCUGACACGCCUACACAUCACUUGUGAGGGGACGAUUGAAGAUGAUGGAUACGGGAUGCUGCAGGUGGACUUUGCAAAUAGGUUUGUAGGUGGAGGAGUAACAGGACACGGGCUGGUCCAGGAAGAAAUCAGGUUCCUCAUCAACCCUGAACUCAUUGUCUCUCGCCUCUUUACUGAAGCUUUGGAACACAAUGAAUGCCUCAUCAUCACAGGCACUGAACAGUACAGUAAAUAUUUGGGUUAUGCAGAGAGUUAUAAAUGGAAGGAGAGCCACAAGGAUGAAACUCCCAGAGACGACUGGCAGAGGCGGUGUACAGAGAUCGUGGCCAUCGAUGCUCUUAAAUACAGGCACUUCUUAGAACAGUUUCUCCCUGAGAAGAUGACCCGAGAACUCAACAAGGCGUACUGUGGAUUCUUCCGAAAUAACGCCAACAGCAAGCACCUCUCUGCAGUAGCUACAGGCAACUGGGGUUGUGGAGCUUUUGGUGGGGACACACGGCUCAAAGCGCUGCUCCAGUUGAUGGCUGCAGCAGAGGCCGGGAGAGACGUGGCUUACUUCACAUUUGGAGAUGUUCAGCUUAUGAGAGAUGUUCAUGAAAUGCACACUUUCCUCACCGAGAGACAAGUCAGCGUCGGGCGGUUGUACAGUCUUUUGAACCAGUACUCGAACGUGGUGUGUAGGAAUUGCCGCACUACUCGACCUGAUGUCGGCCUCUACCGUUUCAUCUACGAGAACAUCUCUUCCCCCGCCACUGCCAACGUCUCGGACUCUGCCAAGAAUUCUGGGAUAUCGUCGGUAACAUCGGACUUUCAGUAACACGGGGGGAGAGCUGCAACUUAACCUCCCUUCCCCUGUCUCUUUGUGUAAUAGAGACUCCAGGUUCAAAAACCUCAAUGUGCUCUCAGUCUUGUGCUUACAAUCACUUUUUUCUCUCACACACACUCCCUUUAAGUUUGUGAUUCCAACACACAAACUACCAAAACACAGUUUUGCCUUUCUUGCUGGUGGUAUUAUAGGAGACUCGUAGUCCACCACUGAAUGUGGUGAAGUGUUUCAGAGACUUAUAGCAAUAGUAAAUCCUGGUUGCUGUUAGGCCUUUCUUUAGACUAAAUGUGAUGUGGAAUUAUUUUCUUUUUACAUACUAAUGACAGAUAUGGCCAAAUAGUCAUCAUAUGCAUGGUUGUGGACACUUUUCACUAUUGAUAAUCCAGGACAUGAUAAUCCUCACUGGUUAUCUUGUCUUAUAUUGUGUUUGCUACUUUUCUUUCUUUUUUUUUUUUUUGGAUGAGUUGUGAGCUUAUGAGCUUCUCUAUUUACCAUAUCCAGGCUGUGGUGAGGUUCCUGAAUGCAGAGAGAUGAUGAAAUGCCAUACUGUAGUCUAUGCAUGGGUAACAUUUUAUUUAUCAAAUAUCCUACAAAUAUAUGCUGCUCUUUUAUAUCCUCCAGGAUGUCGAAGUUCAACACACAUAUUAUCCUUAAGGCUUGUAUUAGUACGAGUGAAAAUAAUCCAUAGAAAUGGUCGCUGGUAUGAGAAACAGAUAUUUACGGUCAUUGUCACCUGAGACCAUUGAUUCUGUUUUGAGUAACUUCAUCAUUUUCACAUAUAUUCAGUGUUAAGCACAGUAUUGAUACUGUAUUUACAAAUAAAGGGAGGAGCAGGUAAAGAAAGAAUUGCACGCAAAAUAUUUUUAUUAAUGUUUUUACUCUGCAUUUUCUUUGGGGAUGUGAUUGUUUUUGUUUUUUGUUAUCAUUUACUGUACUUCCUUACUGACAGUGUGGGUUAUAUUUAAUGACUGAUUCAAAAAUAGAUUAAAGGCUGUAAAUGUAUUGAAUAGCACUGUACUUUAGGUUUUUAGGCUGUACUCUUUUUAUUAUAAUUUCUUAAUUAAAGUAUAUCCUGUUAAA